AUGAAACCAUCUCUGUGGAUCAGCCUUGUGUCUCUGAUCGGCCUUCGCCCGACCGCCGCUCGGGAUGAUUUCCCCGGAAAUUAUCCCUCGAGCCCCCCGCCACUUGGCGCUAGUGACUGGGAGCGCACGCCCAUCUCGGUGUUCGACAAGGUGCUCAACACGCAACCAGAUCCCGACUAUGAUCUCCUGAAGGAGCUGGUCACCUAUGACUGUACCUACAUCUCCCUGACAUUCGACAACCCCACUCUCCAUGGGAUCAUGCCCUGGGCGGGCACGCACUCCCAUGUGGGUCCGCAAGCCUUCAUCGACAUCUUCACGCGAGUAGGCCUGUAUUGGGACCGGGGUCCGUUCAGUAUCGACUAUAUUUUUGGCGAUGGCGGCAAUGUGACGGCCUGGGGUUCAUUCACGGCCACGUCGCGCAUUCUGGGGAAGACGGUGAUUUCGCCCUGGGCUGCUCGGGCGCAGGUGAAUUCGGCCAAUCAGAUCUUUGAAUUUCAGUGGAUGGAAGAUACCUUUACCACUGCCUCAUCGUUUGGGUCGGAUAAUAGCACCAAAGUGUUUUAUUCCAAUCCGCAGGGCGGUAUCGCCAAUGCCUAA